AUAUUUAUUUUCCCCAUCACAUGUUGAAAUAUGUUGGCUAUUCCGGAUUAAGUACAACAUAUUAAGAUUAAUCUCGCCUGUUUUGUUUUGUUUUACUUUAAAAAAUGCAAUUAGAAAUAAUGUAAAACUAGGUAUAUGGUUUGAGUUAUUUUUCCACUGGUGGCGGGUGGAAGCAGAGAGAGUGGGUGCAGAGGUGCCCGGAGUCUUCCAGGUAUCGGGUGACUGGGGUCCGGCGCAGGUGCGGGGGCAGAGAGAAGUUUCCAGACGCAAUAUGUAGUCUUGAGUCACGUCGGAAUUUUCACGGCCCGGUUCAAUGAGGAGGAAACGUGGCCUCGGGGGCUGAGUGGCAGAGGCCUGACCCGAACUCACGUUUACAGCGUCGUCCGCCCUUCGAGGGGGCGGGAGAGGAAUUCGAACCAGGCCCGACUCCCGGGGACGCGGAUCCACCGCUCCGCCCCGCCUCAGGGCCGUUGAUAAACGUUCACCACGGACUCCCCGGCCGCUGGGACUGAGGGGACAAGAGGCCCUAGGAGAAGCUUAGGCAACGCUCCCCCGCUGACAGAAGCCAGGCCGCAAACGUUCCUCCUUUCUCUUCACACCCGGCUCAACCGUGCCGGCGGCCGACUUCCGCUCCUCUCCAGCGAAUCCCCAGCCUAGUUUUCCUCUCCUCCCGUUCCCCGAGGGCAACAGAGCUACUCACCUCUCAGAAAACUGCUUUAUCCCCGCCCCACUCUCACCUGUCAAUCACCGCGGGCUCGAGCACCGCCCUUCCCGCCCUCUUAAGCGAGCGCCGCGCGCCACCGCUAGGCAGUUGGAGGCGCUGACCCGCGGGACAGGUCGUCCGGAAAGGCGGGGCGAAGCGCGAGCCAUUUCGGUGCGGGAACCCUCGGGAUUGGCCAGGAGGAGGCCCAGGCUCUCACUCCGCCCACUCCCACCCUGAACUUCCGAGUCGGAGACGCUGGGGAUUGGUUCCCGGGGGGCACACGCAGAAGCCAGGAGAUGGUCCCGCCUUCCUCGCGCGGCCCGGAGAGGGCGCUUCACAGAUUGGUCCCGGGAGUAUCGGCGCGCGCCGACCGGCGCUCCAGGAUUAGCUGAGGGGAUGCGACGGAGAGCGUUGACAGUGAUUGGCUGGAGGGUGGAGUCAACUAUUUGAAGGAGGCGCGCGGACCAGAUACGCACUUCAGUCCGCGGACAGAGGAGGCGUUGAGUUACAGUUGACCACACUGUCCUGCUAACCCGACGGGACCCCGACGCGGGCUCGGCCCCAUCUCUGGCCCUUGCCGCGGCCCGGCGAGGCGAUGGCCAAGGUGUCGGUGCUGAACGUGGCGGUGCUGGAGAAUCCGAGUCCUUUCCACAGCCCCUUACGGUUCGAAAUCAGCUUCGAGUGCAGUGAGGCCCUGUCGGACGACCUGGAGUGGAAAAUCAUUUAUGUUGGCUCAGCGGAGAGUGAAGAGUUUGAUCAAAUCCUAGACUCAGUGCUAGUCGGCCCUGUCCCAGCAGGGAUACACAUGUUCAUCUUCCAGGCUGAUGCCCCCAAUCCAUCUCUCAUCCCUGAGACUGAUGCUGUGGGUGUGACCGUGGUCCUUAUCACCUGCAUCUACCAUGGACAGGAGUUCAUCCGGGUGGGCUACUAUGUCAACAACGAAUACCCUAAUCCUGAGCUGCGGAAGAACCCACCCCUGAAGCCAGACUUCUCUCAGCUCCAGCGGAACAUCUUGACUUCGAACCCUCGAGUGACCCACUUCCACAUCAACUGGGACAACAACAUGGACAGACUGGAGGCCAUAGAGAACCAGGACCCUGUCCUCUGCUGUGGCCUCCCCAUCAGCUGAGCUCCUAUCAAGGGCCUGGGUCUCACUGCCUGCAUCCCCGGCCUCCUCCCUGAGAACUCCAUGAACUGCAUCUAACUGCAGGAACCUAGGGUUUCCUGGGCCCAGCCAGAACUGUGGCCAGUCUCCCAGCACAUCUGGAGGGAGCACCGAGGCCUCCUAGAUAGGGCCAUGUGGAAGACUUUGGGGCCAUCAGCUACAUCCAGGCCAGUUGAACUUGGUGCCAAGGAAGGAAGGGGCCUCAGGUUUCUCUUAGUCGUGGCCCAGAAGGAUCAUCUUACCUCUACUGCCCAGGCCUAUAAGAAGCAGGUACUUUAGUUCUUAAUUCCUUCUGCCAUGUGUCCUUUCUCUCUUCUACACACUACAAAUUCCACCUAUAGGCCAUUGUCCACCAUGCCCAUGUGAGUCCCAUUGACCCAGAGCUCUUCCCACAGGCCUCCGUGGCCUGCCUUGAGGCUUUCCUUGUCAAUGCCUGGCAAGAUUCCAGCCUGUUGAGCCAAAGGCUGUCAUUUCACUUCCUCCCCAGCCAUCUCAGCAGAUCUACCCAGAUUUGUGGAGUCAAAGGCAGGGAAUUUUGUUUCGAAGAUGAACUCAGACACAAGUUCUUUCCUCCCAGGACGAUUUGUAGGUCUUUUCAAUCCAGCAGCCCCCAGAAAACUCUGUUCCCAAAGGUGUGAUCAGCAGGAUGCUGAGGAAUGAUGGUUGUUAACUCUCCUCAGUCGCAACCACCUUCCUCACUGGAUCUGGCUUUCCCUGGAGGCAGCCAUGGUGGGGAGCUGGCAUGUAUGUUGGAGGGACAUGUUGUGCUCAGUCUGUUGGCAUCAGGGUCCCUUUGGCCCAGCUGCCUUGUUCUGCCCUCUGCAAAGACCCCACACUCAGGCCUCAGAGUGAUUGCAGACACGGGAAGCAAUAGGAACCCUGAAAACCUUCCUCCCCUGCCUCGCCCCAUCCCCUUGCUGCUACUUGAAUGCUGUUGUGAUUAUAGUUUGUAUAUUAAAGGGUUUUUAUAUUAAAUAUGUCUGGUUGGCCCAAAAUUAAA